UGGACAAGAUGUCGUCUGCAGCUAGCGGGUCACUCCAGGACCGAACGUUGAAUAAAGUCGCUCUGUGCUCGGCGGUGUUUGCUGGAUUCGCCUACGUGGGUUACUCAUAUGCCAAGACAGCUUUCUGCAGAAAAUUGGCACGCAGGCAUGACUUGCGUGAUGACGACCCGACAGAGGUAUCACGGGUGGUGUUUCGGAGGUUGUCUCAGACAACGCAAACGGACGCGCUCCUUGGAAACUUGGAUGUCAGUGGCACCACUGGCAAGCUUAUCAUUCGCCCUAAAACAGUUCAGGAGAGGAUUCGUGAGCUGAACCUGAAGGCGCGACAGUUUGCCGACACAUUUAUUGCUAUUCAGACAGGCAACGGCCACACUGGUCACGCUGUCUCUCGUAACUCUGCUAUCCACGACACCAAGAGCUUACAGUGUUCCCCAUGGAAUUCUCCUCGGCUUCUCAGUCCCGUUGAUGUUAGACAUCUGAUUACUUCGAGAUCAACAGAGAAUCUCACACACAUCCCCCCAGAUGGCUCGCCUUACAGGCCAAAAUGGGUACGCAAAAGUUUACGGAAGAAGAAGCAGGCCGAGCAAAACAGUGACCCGGAUGGAAAACAGCGGCAGCGGAGAGUGGAGGAGGAGGCACGGCAGCUGUACAACACCACCAAACCAGAGUUGACGCAGAGAUUGGAGAACCUCAGCACCAGGGGCAGGGUGUUGACGCCAUAUGAAGCCAAGAGCCUAGUGGCACUGCUGUACUCGGAGGACAAGACACUAGUGGAGAGGACGCUAGUUACCAUUGCCAACUGUGCCGCAUUCAGCGUUAACUUGGAUUUUUUGCGAGAGACAGGUUGUAUCCAUCGGUUGACGAGCCUUCUUGGUGAUGCGGAGGUUCGGUUACCAGCAGUCCAGACUCUGGGGAACGUGGUCCUGUCAGAAGAAAACAUAAGGCAGGCCAGAGAUUGCCUUCCUAUACUAAUGAGUUACGUUCAAAAUAGUCAUGCAGACGAUGCCUUGCGACUCGCAUCUCUGGUGGUGCUUACGAAUAUUGCCACUAUCACUGAGUGGCAUGAUGAGUACUGUCCACUCUUGCACAGACUGUAUCAUCUUGUGGACAGCAAGAACCUCCACAUUCAGCUGCAGAGUUUGAGACUACUGGUCAACCUAUCUUGCAACCGGGAGAUGAUUCCUUCACUGCUGGCUGCCGAGGGACCAAGAAAAUUGACGACACUGGUUGUGGCGACCACCAAUGAGGCCAUUCUCUUAAGAGUGUUGACCUUGCUGGCUUCCCUGGCGAGUGCUGUGUGUGAAGAUGAUCUUAACCCCAGCCUAGACCUUCCUACAGAGGACAAGGCAGCAUCACCCGACACCAUACACGAUGAUGCUUCUCCCACAAGCAUGCGAGGUGACAGGUAUGCCCGUCUGUUCGGCGUAAAUGUGCGUGAUCGUCUGGUGGCUCAAACACAAGCACUGUUUGAGAACCACGAAGACCCAGAGAUCCAGCGGCAAGCCACCAGACUGUACCGGGCACUCAAGGAUUAAGCUAUGGCUCUUGUAUUUUUAAGCUCUAUUUAGAUUAUAGGUUUUUCUUACAUAAUGAAAGGGGGUCAUCUAUAUUACUGCAUCUAGGUAGAUGAACUUUGUCAGUUGCAGUAGAUAUUUGGACAAAAAGGAUGUUAAAUUAAUACACGUGGUUUAAUUAUAGUUUUAUUAUUGGAAAUACUGUUGAUGACACUUGGCUCGAUGUCAGAUAGUUUGUUAAUAGUGAGUAUGUCUGUAAUUUUUAUCUGGAGGCUUAUUGAGUACUGUAUGUAGUUAAACAUCCUGAACUACAUGGUAAGUCACAUUUUUUAAGAAUAUUUUCAAGUUUUUGUAUGACGUGGAUAUUUUUUUUUUUAAUACUUGGUGUUGUAGAUGUAUUGAUUUUUUUUUAGAUUUACAUGUGAGUUGAGUGUUUGUACAUUGUCACUGAUGUGGAUGGUGCCACUUCCCAAUCCUAGACAUACGGAUGUGUUUACGGGAAGUGUCGUGUGGAUAGAUUUAGAAUUUUAUUUCAAAAGAAAGUUGUACCACUAACUCGUCGAUGGUGUACAGUAACCUUACAUGCCUCAGUGCUUUGUAAUGGUCUUAUACAAAUUUUAUUUCUAUAUAUUAUAUAUAUAUAUAUAUAUAU